AUGUCCUGGACGAGAGAAAAGGAAAUACAUGUAGAGGACAUCGUUGUAGAAGUAUCAAAGAAGAUUGAUGUGAUUCCAAAGUUCGUUUCAGGAAAGAAUACAUUAUCCCUGAAGAUACAUGAACAUUCUGCUGAAAGAAAGAACAACGUUCAAAAGACUUUCCUGUUCGACAAAAGAUCGUCGAUUGUUUCACAGUACCCUUUGGCCAAGAUUUACCAUAGUUGGAUGUUCUCCAAAGAGCCCCGUCCUUCAGCAAGAUAUUUCUGUUCGUCCACAAGGAUGUUAUCAAAUUCGGCGUUGAAAUUUCAUUCUUCCAUAGACGAUCCAUUUUAUAAGCGUGAAAAAUUAGGAAAGAGAAAAAAUUCUUCUCAAAUGACUAUUCCCUGUUACGAGAAUGUCCGCGGUUACUCCUCCUGCAAAAAAGAAUCAGAGUCAGAAGAAUGUCCUGAACAAGAAAAGCAAGAACUUUUCGAGGAUAUCUGUUCUGAAACAAAAUCUGAUUCUUGUGAUGUGAAAACCUCCUCGAACGAGUGUCCUGACUCUUCGAGACCAUGCAAACCGUUGCCCGAGGAUCCUUCACCUGUUUGCACGACACCUCCUUGUCCUAACAUCGAAGAUUAUUGUCGUGAGAAAGAUCCGCACAAGGAAAAAUUCUGGCGAACGUUGGCGUGUUUCGUCGCCAUGCCAAUAUUGAUAAUCAUGUCGAUCUACACUUACACAGAAGAGUUGGAAAAGAAGAAAGAACCGAGGCCCGAAUUCGAAGACGUCCCGUGGAUGCGUAAAAUAACCAAGCCUUUCCCAUGGGGCGAUGGCAACCACUCCUUGUUCCACAAUCCCGUGAAAAAUCCAAUAUCUCCUCACGGAUACGAAGUGGAAGACCCGAAUGCGGCGAGGAAGACUGAACAAAAGAAAGAAAAAGAAAAUUAACCGAUACAUUGAACAGAAACGAUGAAAUAAGAUUACUUUUUACGUUACAUCAAUUUAUAUCGCUGGAAAUUGCAUCGAGAAUGAAAAUAAAAUUAAUUAACAAAUGCUUUAACGUUUUUGCAAUUUAUAAAGUAAAAAGUGUAUUUGAACAGUAUUUUAAUAGUAUCAAUUACC